AUUUUGUUUUUGGGUUUUUUAAGAAAUUUGUGAAAAUUAAAAAAAAAAAUCAAUCAGAGCCUCAAACAAAGCUGUGUGUGUUCAUCUUCUGGGGUCCCAAAGGAAUCCGAGGCUUCUCUUUCUCUUCCCUCUCGUCCGAAUCUUUUCCUUUUUCAGGGACCCACUAGGAGAUAAAGAAAUUAAUUUGUGUUUUUUAAAAUAUUUUUCGUUUUAUAUACGUUAGCUUCUCAAUCUGUGAUAAGCCUGGUUAAAUUUCUUUGGUUCCCCUGUCUUCUUCUGCUCUCUUUACUUGCUUCUGCUUUAUUUUUUCGGAAAACGACAAUUUUCCGAGAAAAUAAAACGAGAGAAAAAUGCUGAGUCCUUACUCGUUAUCUCUGUGGUGUUGUUAUUAACCCAUUCGAACCUUCCAUUUCUUGCGGUCUUGCCUGCUAUUCUGCCGAGUUUGCAACUUUCCCGAGGAAUUCUCCAUGUGAACACCAAGCCUAGCUAGAUUUCUCUCCGGGAUCGACUGAAUUCUUAGGAAUUCUUCACUUUCCAAUUUCGGUUUCUCGCCGUGAUUUUCUCGGAAACUGCAAAUUCCGAUCAAUUUUCUGGGAAACUGGAAAUGGAAAGUCGCCCGAGAAUGACGCUUUAUGAUCAAAUGUCUGCCGUUGACGGCCGCAGAGACUCGCUUGCCGGUUCGACCCUCGAAGCCGCGAUGGCAAGCCACAAGAUAGCAUCCGAGCCGAGCCGCCGCCAGUUUAACAGCAGCCGAACCCUCUCGGAUAUUAUUCGAGAAGAUAAUUCCAACACAAGGGACAAGAAGUCUUGGAAGAUCUUCAAAGACAAGCUCUGGCUCAAGCGCGCCGGAUCUGCUUGGUUCUCCGCAAUUCACAUCCCGGCUCUGGAUAUCUCUAUCCCUAACCGGAAUAACAGCAACUCGGACGCCCCAUCCACCAGUAACCCACCCGAAUUCUUAGGCCAGAUCUUAAACCAAGCACGAUCUUCCCCCAACGAUGCCUUCUCCGGCGAGUCAAUUCACCAAACUUCGCGCCUCGAUUCCUUCCGUCGAGACGGCGCCGUGACUUUCCAGGAUUGCCUGGACAGCGACGACGGAUCCGAGUGCGACGACUGGGAUCCGGCGCGUGAAGGCACGCGCCGCCUAUCCACGAUUUUAUCAGAGGAGAGAGCAUUGUCCGCGAGAGAAGCAGAGGCCGCCGCCGCCACCGCUGCAUCGGCGGCAGCACAGGGGGAAGACGAGCCGGUGAGAAUGUCGCUGACGCUGAUGGAUUUGCUAGAGGAGACAGACAGGCAAAUGGGGUUCGAUGCAUCACAAUACAGAACAGGAUAUGAAGAUGAUGACGAAGAAGUGUAUCAGAGAGUGAAAGUGGAGAAGGAAGAGGACGAAGACGAAGAAGAAGAAGAAAGCAAACAGUGGAGCAUACAGGAAAACUGUUGCGUGUGUAUGGUGAGGCAUAAAGGAGCAGCGUUUAUACCUUGUGGACACACAUUUUGCAGACAGUGUUCGAGGGAGCUUUGGGUGAGUAGAGGCCAUUGUCCGCUCUGCAACAAUGUUAUUCUGGAAAUUCUUGACUUGUUCUGAUUCAUUCAUCUUUCAUCUCCAUUUUUCCCCUUCAGUAUUAUCUCUCUGAUUCCAUAAUUUUUUUUUGGUCUCUGUAGUUUUUGUUUUUUUUGGGUCAAAACAAUAUAUAAUUCUCCCUUGUAAAGUGGAGUUUGAGGUAUGAAUUAAAAAAAAAAAGUGUGGAUGACGAUGACGAUGAUGAUGAUGAAUAGAGAUGGAAUUUGUUGAUAA